AUGUCCCCCAAAUCCCGAUGCACCGCCUUUGACAAGAGCUCGCCCACCUGGGUGGCGCUGAGCCACAUCGCCGGGCUCUGCAACCGCGCCGUCUUCAAGGGGGGGCAGGAGAACGUGCCCAUCCUCAAGCGGGACGUGGCCGGGGACGCCUCGGAGUCGGCGCUGCUGAAAUGCAUCGAGCUCUCCUCGGGCUCCGUCAAGGUGAUGCGGGAGCGGAACAAGAAAGUGGCCGAGAUCCCCUUCAACUCCACCAACAAGUACCAGGUACCCAAAAAAAACCCACCCCAAAAUCCCCCUUUUUCGGCGCGAUUUUGGGGUAAACUUGGGGUGAUUUUUAUGGCAAGUUUUGGGUGAUUUUCGUGUGAUUUUGGGGUAAUUUUAGAGUGAUUUUAGGUUAAUUGUGGGAUAACUUUGGGGGUAGUUUUGAUGUGAUUUUGGGGUAAUUUUGGGAUAAUUUGGGGGUAAUUUUGAUGUGAUUUUGGGGUAAUUUUUAGGGCAAUUUUGGAGUGAUUUGAGGUUAAUUUGGGGAUAAAUUUGGGGUAAUGUUGAUGUGAUUUUGGGGUGAUUUUCGGGUAAUUUUGAUGUGAUUUUUGGGUAA